UAGCAGCGACGUACCGACGAUUCUCAAACGCGCUCUCCUUAAAGUGUGCUCAUUUCGCGUUUCACGACCCGCCGAAAAUUGAAAAAAAAAAAUUUCCCACCCGGAAAAGUCGGGAAAACCGCCGCGCGACGACCGCCCGGAAAAACUGCCCGAAACGCCCGCGUAGCGCCGACCCGAGAGGUCCGCCGAGUUUUCCUGGAAAAAUCCUCCGAGGAAACUGAUCUCGAUGUGCACGUGCGACACCAAUAGUGAUUCUGUGAAAAUCUCGAGGGGUUGUCCAGUUCUCGAGUGGUGCCUUCUGGGGGAAAUACAAAAAUCGCCGAAAAAAUGUAGGAAUAAUGACUCUGACGCGUGGACCGUGUGAACUUGACAAGAUGAGCUUAUUUCAGGAUUUGAAAUUGAAGCGGAGGAAAGUUGAUUCACGUUGCAGUAGUGACGGCGAAUCUGUCGCCGACACUAGCACCUCGUCGCCAGAUAUAGUCAGUCCGACGUCCCCCAAGAUGUCAGACGCCAUCGUCAACCCGCCCAGCCCGGACUCCACGCCGCUCCAGAUGCACCCCACCCAGGCCACCUUGGAGAAGAUGUGCCGCCUCGGCGAGUCUGGCGUCUUCGACGGCGGAGGAAUCACCAGCGUCAUACGGACGUUGCCGGUCAUCAGGUCCCAGAGCCCCCCCGUGAGGCCAGCCACGACCGCCAGUCCAUCCCUGUACCCGCCCAGACCUCACAGUUCGCCUGGACGCCCUGCGAACAGCCCGGUCAUCCGGCACAGCCCCCUCAUAGUACAACUGCCAGUUUCUUCGCCUAACAUCCUCUCCCAAGUGAUCACCUGCCAAGGGUCCAUAUCUCCAUCCUCCACCACUGCCACUAGUAAAUGUAGCGGGGUUAUCAUCAACCAACCCCAAUUCUCACAGAACCAAUUAUGGCUUAAACACUCUAGAAUUAACGGGAUUAAACCCGAGAUCAUAGGGGGGAAUUUUGCAACCCCUGCGCCCUUGGAUCAAGGCCCGACCAGUCCAAUUCACCGGGGGACCCCUGCCCGGCAAACUCCAACAGUGAUCAUGGGAGAAGCCGGUGGGGUUCGGACCAUGAUCUGGUCCCAACCGCAGCAAAUCAUGAACAGCCCCUUGCCAGAAUCGUCCCAGCAUCACUCACCCUUGGCCAGUUGGUCCCCGGGUAGCAACUCCAGCGUUUCCAACACGGAAGAAAGCGCGGCUCAGAUGCUGCUCAAUUUGGGACAGGACCGACUGUGCAUUCCCAGCAGAUCUACCCUGUCCCCUCAAUCCCUGUCUCCUAGUCCUUUCCCAACAUCCCCACUCAACAUGGAGAGGCUGUGGGCUGGGGACCAUCGGCAGUUGCCCACCAACCAGCAGAUGCAAGCGUUGAACUUGAUGUCACCACCCAGUCUGCCACCCCUGUUCAGUAUGUCGCCGAUAGAUUCGAAGAUGAACGAGUCCUCUUCCUCUAGCGACAUGAGGGAGCCUGCGGAGGACGAGGAUCAGCCAAUGAUCUGCAUGAUAUGCGAGGACAAGGCUACAGGGUUACACUAUGGGAUCAUCACUUGUGAGGGUUGUAAGGGUUUCUUCAAACGGACGGUACAGAAUAAGAGAGUGUAUACUUGUGUCGCGGACGGGAACUGUGAGAUCACGAAGGCCCAGAGGAAUAGAUGUCAGUACUGCAGGUUCAAGAAAUGCAUGGAGCAGGGGAUGGUCCUGCAAGCUGUACGAGAAGACAGGAUGCCCGGUGGUCGUAACAGCGGGGCAGUGUAUAAUUUGUACAAAGUGAAAUAUAAGAAACACAAGAAGCCGACCGGCAAGCAGACGUCGCCGAAAUCGGCCAGCAAAUCCGGCAGUCCCAACCAGCCGAUAAAACUAGAACCUCCUUCCAGUAUUCCAGCCGGUCUGAUCAACGGGACCAUCCUGAAGACAGCUUUAACGAACCCAAGUGCCCUCCGACAGAGGCUGGAAAGUGCGGUCAGCAGUUCCAGAGACAGGAAUUUCUCCUUCGACUACUGCCUCUCCCUGAUCAAACCCCUAAUAGACUGUGAUGAUUUCCAAAACGUGGCCACCGUGCAAAAUUUGCCUCAGCUGUUUCAGCUCGAGACUGGGAUGGAUGAGAGACUCUGUACUAUCGGCGAUUCCAUUGUGUAUAAACUUGUGCAGUGGGCUAAGAAUUUACCAUUUUAUCCAGAGUUACCAGUUCAUAUUACCACCAAGAUACUGACUGUCAAGUGGCACGAUCUCUUGGUGCUGACCACGUCGGCGUACCAAGCUAUAGCCUUGCCAGAUGACCAUAUUGGUAUAAACGAGAAGAUGGAGAUAAAUUUGGCUAGACUUCAGGAAUACUUCACUGCCUUGAUUGGUGAUGACUACUGUGACUCGAAGUUGAGGGAAGAUAUUUCAUGUGUGAUAAAGAAGUUACUCCAAAUUAUUCAUACGUUCAAACAAAUGAAACUCACUAUGGAGGAAUAUGUGUGCCUUAAAGUUAUUACUCUUUUGGGUAAUGAGAAUUUUCCUGGUACUGGUCCUGGAUACAGCGAAAUGGAAUCGGUUUUCGAUAAGUACAUGACGUGUUUGAGGGUUUUCAUUCAACACAUAUUCCCCCAACAGACCAACAGAGUACAAGAACUAAUGGGUAUCUUACCUGAAGUAAGUUACUUUACCUAUAAGGUAAACCAGAUCCAAGAUGCAGCUAAACAACUCAUGGAAAGCAAAAUGUUUUACGUUCCUUUCGUAUUAAACACAGUCGAUUUGAGGUAGUACAAAAGCUAAAAUACUUCAGAGGUUGACAGUACUAGAUUCUGAGGAUAUAAUUUCAUGUUAUCCCGUGAAAGAUUUGUUUUAUUGAUGACAAACGCACAUACUAUAUCGAUUGUUAUGAAGAACUGAUGUAAAAUUAAGAAAAUGUUAUAUGUGGAUAAGACACUUUUUCAGGGUGGGCGUUCACAGUAUAACAAACCAGAGGCAAUUUGUCUCUGAACAAACUAUCCCAGGAAUGUAAGGACCUAGAAAUGAUCCAUGCUGAACGCCCAAGUUUGACCUAUCGUGGAUAUUAAAUAGUAAACCAUAUAAAUCAAAAUUUUUCGUACGGAAGACUAAAAGUCGAGAAUGAAAAUGGCGGAUUAGAUUUUAUAACCGCUCUGUAAGUCUGAGUAAGUUGCCUUCGAAUGUUUAAAGAUUGAUGACAUCAAAACUCAAUUUAUGAAAUUAAGAAUUUUCAACAUCACAGCAUCAAAUGGUGAGAAAUAGAUAUAAAGUUAAAAUUAUUUGAUAAGAUAUACGUAGAAGUCGAAAUUAUGUCUCAUUCGUUAAUUCUGUUCGAUUUUUCAACUUUCUUUUCGGAUCUCCCAAUUUAAUUUUCCUAUCUACUAACAUUUACUCACGAACAUUCAAUUUAAUAAUUGAACACUGCCAGUUUUAAAUAUUCACUCCUGAAUUUCUUCUUCCUUUUAUAUUCAUGAUGAAUUUUGUUUUAAUUUCACUCACAUUUCGACAUAUUUUGAACUGCAGCACUGCCUUCGAUGUAUUCAUUCCAUAAACUGCCCUUUGCGAAUGAAGUCUACUUAUACUGCCUGACAAAAUAAUAUUGUCUUCAAUCAAUUUUUCUCACUGCCAUAAUAUGAUAAUUCUCCUUUCCUAAAUGUAAAUUCCUUCAUAUCUACGCUUAUUUCUUUUACUUUUCUCUUUUUAUUCUUUCACAGUUCCUUCUUUCCUAUACCAAAUCUUUUAAUUUGUAGGUCUAGAUUUAUAAUUGAUGUCAUGAAACUUCGGGUGUUUUGAUGCAUAUUUUAUUAGCUACAUCUCACGAUUUCAAUGAAAUGAAAUUGCCAAAGUUUCAUCUGAUUUAUACCCAAAAUUCAAUUGAAGAAACAUAUCAUUCUAAUUUUUUUUCAUGAAGUAAAUAUCGACUCAAUCCCAUUGUAUUUUUUUUUUUUGGAUCACCCUUAUCAAUGUUAUGAAAUUUUUAAUAUUUUUUUUAUUUUGUGAUCGUCUAGUCAUAUAUUAUAGUUCAUAGGUUCUCAUCAUAUAUCUUAAUAAAAUGCAUUUCUCAAAUUGAACUCAAUCUUUUUUAUAUCAGGCAAGUCUAUAUAUCAGUUUUUAAAUCGGGUUUUGAUGUUUUCAAUCUUGAUAUCUUAUAUAUCUUUAUAUAUUGGGUAGGUACAUAAGAUGAAGUAUACAUAAAUGUAAUAAUAUACAUAAGAGAAAUUGUAUGAAUAUGUAUAAGGAACCGAACGAUCAAUCGAAAAUAUGUAAAUUAUAAAAGAUAUGUAUAUUAAUAUUUAUUUGUUCUCAUAUUCAUACGAUCGAUCUGAAAGUGUCGUAUAUUAUGACUGCCAAUUUUGUAUGAAAGUUACCAGUGCUACCAAGUACAUGUACAAAUUAUUGUUCCUUUUUGUUUUGAAUAUGUUAUAAUUUGAUCAUUCAUAUCCCAACUUUCAGAAUUAUAUAAACUGAUAAUCGUGCAUAUUUGUAUGGAAUCACUGAAAGAACGAUUUUUCAUUCAGAGAACAAAUUAGAAAUCGAGUGUUUCAUUUAUUUUUUCCUCCUCAACGUUAUAAUCUUUGUAACUGUAAAAAAGUUAACUCAGCUGAAAUAAGUAUUACAGUGUGGAGAAACUGAUUUGAUAUGUAACAAUGGAUCAUUUCACUUUUGUAAAUAAUUUUUACAAACUCUUCAUUAUUUUUCAAUUUUUCUUUGUUUAUCAACUUCUUUCCUAUAAAUUAUUUUCAUGAAUUAUUAUUUUCUCACCUGUUAUAUCUUUAAUUUCUUCUCUUUUUGUCAUGCUUUAUAUGCUUGUUUCUUCUAAUGUUUUUCUCCGAGUAAUAAUUAAUUUUUUUAUAAAAACGAUGUUCUUAUAUACGCUUACAUAAAAAUGUUGAAUUUAAUUGGUUUGUCUUCACUGAAAUCUUAUUUCUAAUUUCUUGAAUCAUUCAAAUUGUUUUAUGUGUAACGGGAGAAUAUAUUUUGUUUCAGAUCCCAUGCUUUUUUUGGAGACAGGUUUCGAAUAUAACCUAAGCAUCCUUAAAAAAAAUUCGCAAAUUCCACAAAUAUGAAUAAUUAUCAAUCAUUCGGAUUCUAAUAGAAAAACAAGUUUGAAAAAAUGUAUAUGAUUUAUCAUAUGUGAACUGAAUUUUAAAAUUGUAAAAAUAAUUGUACUUACCGUUUAGAUACAAAUCAGAAUUUGUUGGUAUUUACACAUUCACUUCAAUAAGCAACAAUGCUUGAUUCUUAUGUGAUAUAUUUUGACAAAUUCUGAUACACAUUAAGAAAAUGUUUACCUGAUGUAUAAACAUCUAUUGAGUUACCGUUAUUUUCUUUAUUAUUAACACUAAGAUUAUUCAAGCUUGUUUAUUAGAAAAUAAAGCAAAUCAUUAUUAUUCCA